GAUGAUCUGUUGCAUCUUGGAAUCGAUGAUUCAGAAUUCGGUAAUUUGGAAAAUAAAGACCUGAACCGAGAAAUGAUUAUUAAACUCUCAAAUGAUUGUUAUCAGUGUAAAAAAAAAGUUCCAUUAUUAAAUUACUGUGAUAUAAUGAUAACGAUAAUGAUGACGUUGAUAAUGGUGAGCCUCAUCUCGACUAUCUGUCCAGCAGACCAAGCUUUAGGCCCAAGAAAUAAAAGACCAGAUCAAGAAAGGGAUUUAUCAAAAAUUAUUGAUCACCUUGGCUCCAAGCUUUGUCAUUCUUUCAUGGAAGCGGUUAUCGGUGCAUGA